AUGACUUCUGAGCCUCCCACCAAGAAGAAGUGCCUGGGCGUCGACUGCCCCAAUGACGCCGGCUCCCUGCAGUGCCCGACCUGCUUGAAGCUGGGUAUCAAGGAUAGCUUCUUUUGUACUCAGGACUGCUUCAAGAAGAACUGGAGUGACCACAAGGUGUUACACAAGACCCUCGGCGCUGCGACGUACGAUCCGUUCCCCAACUUCCACUACUCCGGGUCGCUCCGUGCAGCCUAUCCGCUCUCUCCCCACCGAACGCUCCCCAAGUCCAUCCCGCAUCCCGUGUGGUGGGAGGAUGGCAAUCCCAAGUACAGCCGCUCCAUUAUCAACCGGAACAAGAUUGAUAUCCUCGAUGCCAAGGGUCAGGCUGCUAUGCGCAAGAGCUGCAAGCUCGCCCGUGAGGUUCUCGACCUCGCAGCCGCUGCGGCCAAGCCUGGUGUAACGACCGACGAGAUCGACAGGAUCGUACACGAGGCCUGUAUCGAGAGAAAUUCCUACCCUUCGCCGCUGAACUACAACCACUUCCCCAAGUCAUGCUGUACCUCUGUAAACGAAGUGAUCUGCCACGGCAUUCCCGAUCAGCGCCCCUUGGUUGACGGCGACAUCCUCAAUAUCGACGUUUCCCUCUUCCACGAGGGCUACCAUGCCGACCUGAACGAGACCUACUACAUCGGCGACAAGUCGAAGGCGGAUCCCGACAACGUGCGCGUCGUCGAGGCGGCCCGCGAGUGUCUCGACGAGGCCAUCAAGGCCGUCAAGCCAGGAACCCUGAUCCGAGAGUUUGGCAACAUCAUCGAGAAGCACGCCAAGACCAAGAACUGCAGCGUCAUCCGAACGUACUGCGGCCACGGCGUGAACACCCUGUUCCACUGCCCCCCCAACGUGCCUCACUACGCCAAGAACAAGACGGUCGGCGAGUGCAAGCCCGGAAUGACAUUCACGAUCGAGCCCAUGAUCGCGCUCGGCAAGUACCGGGACAUCACUUGGCCAGAUAACUGGACCAGCACGACGAUUGAUGGAAAGCGCACCGCGCAAUUCGAGCACACGCUUUUGGUAACAGAGACCGGCGUCGAGAUCCUGACGGCAAGAAAUGCAGACUCUCCUGGCGGUCCUGUCCCAAUGCCCGGGACUGAGGAGGCGAAGAGCGAGGCAUAA